AUGCCUCAGCGUCAGAAGCGUCCACAACACUCACGUGAUAAAUGCCAUCAGACCCUCAGGAAGUCCCAGGGUCUGGAGGUUGAACAGGUCUCCAGGGCUCUGGAGGAGACCCAUCUCUCUUCUCAUUCUCUAAUGCCUAGCAGUUCGAAGGAGGCUCCUGGUGCUGGUAUCCCCAGUAUUCCUCAGGAUCCUGAGAAUGUCUGCUCUUCUUCCAUUGCUAUCAAAGCCACCUCACCCACUAAAUCGGAUGAGGGAUCCAAUAGCCAAAAAAAAAAGUAUAGUCUGAGCAUCUUACGAGCUGUGCCAAAUCCCAAGAAUGUGCCCGUAGAUGCUCUAGAGAAGGAAGUGGCUAUGUUGGUAAAUUUCUUGCUGUUCAAGUAUCAAAUGAAAGAGCCGAUAACAAAGGCAGAGAUGUUGAAGAUUGUCAUCAAAGAGUGCGGAGUCUACUUCCCUGAGAUCCUCAGGAGAGCCUCUGAGCGCAUGGAGAUAAUCUUUGGCCUUAAUCUGGUGGAAGUGGAUCGCACCAAUCACCGCUAUAGACUCUUCAUCAUAUUGGGCCUCACCUAUGAUGGGAUGCUGCACGGUGAAGUGGGCGUGCCCAAGACCGUCAUCCUGAUACUUAUCCUGGGUGUGAUCUUCAUGAGGGGCAACCGUGCCACCGAAGAUGAAGUCUGGGAAGUUCUGAAUGUGACCGGGAUAUGCCCUGGGAUGAAGCACUUCAUCUUUGGGGAGCCCAGGAAGCUCGUCACCAAAGAUUUUGUGAAAGAAAAAUACCUGGAGUACCGGCAGGUGGCCAACACUGAUCCUGUGCAGUUUGAGUUCCUGUGGGGCCCCAGAGCCCACGCUGAAACCACUAAGAUGAAGGUCCUGAAGUUUCUGGCCAAGGUCCGUGGGACUGACCCACGUUCUUUCCCAUCUCAGUAUGCGGAUGCUCUGCAAGAUGAAGAAGAGAAAGCCAAAGCCAGAAUUUCAGGCAGGGCUGUCUCCUUCCGUGGCCACUGCAAGUUCUAG